UAUACACCAGGAUCUAGAAGCUGAAUUUUAAACUCCUAUCCCUCCCCAGGAUUGCAGAGAGUUCUGUUAUGAUCUCUGUAGUAAUUAACAAUUUGGUCAGAGUUUGUUUUUUAAGGGAAUGUGCUCAGAAUUUAUAUAUGUUCUGGAUGUCCUGGAAUUAAAAGGAUUUAGGAGCUCAUGAUGUACAUUCUGUAGGAUAAAUGAAGAUUUACCAAUCCCUGGAUAAAGUGCUUAGAAAGUCUUUAAAUGUCAUAGUCAACUGCCAUUUCAAAGAAAAGAAAACAGAUGGUCUUGGAAAGUUCAUGCUGUUUCUUCAUUGAAUUUUAGAAUGAUUGAAGAUAGUGGGAAAAGAGGAAAUACCAUGGCAGAAAGAAGACAGCUGUUUGCAGAGAUGAGGGCUCAGGAUCUGGAUCGUAUCCGACUCUCCACCUACAGAACAGCAUGCAAGCUUAGGUUUGUUCAGAAGAAAUGCAACUUGCACCUGGUGGACAUUUGGAACGUCAUAGAAGCAUUGCGGGAAAAUGCUCUGAACAACCUGGACCCUAACAUAGAACUCAGCGUGGCCCGCUUGGAGGCUGUGCUUUCCACCAUGUUCUACCAGCUCAACAAACGGAUGCCAACCACUCACCAGAUCCAGGUGGAGCAGUCCAUCAGCCUCCUGCUCAACUUCCUGCUGGCAGCCUUCGAUCCGGAAGGCCAUGGUAAAAUUUCAGUAUUUGCUGUCAAAAUGGCUUUAGCCACGUUGUGUGGAGGGAAGAUCAUGGACAAAUUAAGAUAUAUCUUCUCAAUGAUUUCUGACUCCAGUGGGGUGAUGGUUUAUGGGCGAUACGAUCAGUUCCUGCGGGAAGUUCUCAAACUACCCACGGCGGUUUUCGAAGGUCCUUCAUUUGGUUACACGGAACAGUCAGCUAGAUCCUGCUUCUCUCAACAGAAAAAAGUCACCCUAAAUGGUUUCUUGGACACACUCAUGUCCGAUCCUCCCCCACAGUGUCUGGUCUGGCUGCCCCUUCUGCAUCGACUGGCAAAUGUAGAAAAUGUCUUCCAUCCGGUUGAAUGUUCUUACUGCCACAGCGAGAGUAUGAUGGGAUUCCGCUACCGAUGCCAACAGUGUCACAAUUACCAGCUCUGUCAGGACUGCUUCUGGAGGGGACAUGCCGGUGGUUCCCAUAGCAACCAGCAUCAAAUGAAAGAGUACACAUCAUGGAAAUCACCUGCUAAGAAGCUAACUAAUGCAUUAAGCAAGUCUCUGAGCUGCGCUUCCAGCCGUGAACCCUUGCACCCCAUGUUCCCUGACCAGCCUGAGAAGCCACUCAACUUGGCCCAUAUCGUUGAUACUUGGCCACCCAGACCUGUAACCAGCAUGAAUGACACCCUCUUCUCCCACUCUGUCCCCUCCUCAGGAAGUCCUUUCAUUACCAGGAGCUCUCCUCCCAAGGACAGUGAAGUAGAGCAGAACAAACUGCUGGCUAGGGCUGCUCCAGCUUUUCUGAAGGGCAAAGGGAUACAGUACAGCCUGAAUGUGGCAGACAGGCUAGCUGAUGAACAUGUUCUCAUCGGGUUGUAUGUCAACAGGCUCCGGAACAACCCACCAUGUAUGCUUGAGAGUUCAAACCGACUUGACGAAGAACACAGGCUGAUCGCCAGGUACGCGGCGAGACUGGCGGCCGAGUCCACCUCGUCGCAGCCGGCGCAGCAGAGAAGCGCUCCCGACAUCUCCUUCACCAUCGAUGCGAAUAAGCAACAGAGGCAGCUGAUUGCAGAGCUAGAAAACAAGAACAGAGAAAUCUUACAGGAGAUCCAGAGACUGCGGCUAGAGCACGAACAAGCUUCUCAGCCCACUCCAGAGAAGGCACAGCAAAACCCCACUCUGCUGGCAGAACUCCGGCUCCUCAGACAGCGCAAGGAUGAGCUGGAACAGAGAAUGUCUGCUCUCCAGGAGAGCCGGAGAGAGCUAAUGGUCCAGUUAGAAGGUCUCAUGAAGCUACUAAAGGAAGAAGAACUGAAGCAGGGAGUAAGUUAUGUUCCCUACUGCAGGUCUUAACUAACUAUGGAGGGGCCUGCCAUCCUGCUGUUUUUCUCAUUGCUUUUGCCUCUAAUGUAUGUUCAUGCUUCAGUUUGGAAAGAGAAAAAAAAAUCAUACUAAUUUGCUUCCUUUUCAAUGUAGUGCUUGAAUUGAGACAUAUAAAAUUUAGCGGUUUUUUUAAAUAACUGUUACUACUGUGGGCAUUGAAAGAAGAGCAUUAAACCUUUUAGAAGGGGGAAAAAUCGUAAUGUGUUGGAGACUUUUUAGAUCUCCAGGGGUCUAAGUUUCCAACCAGUCUCCUGCUUUUCUGGGUUGUUGAUCAGAUCCUUCUCUGAACAGAGAGGCACCCACUCCGACCACUAAAGCUGCCCGCAGCACUCAAGCUAACCCCUGCAUCCUCUCAUUUAGUUCAGUUUCCAUUUUACUGGAAAGGUGUGUGACCUCCUUGUACAAAAGUCAGCCAAUUACAUCUCUUUUCAUUGCAUAAUUACUAAGCUCUGCUCCUCUCUGGUCACCAAAAUGUGUUCAAUCCAAGAGAAACACUAUACUCAGUAACUGCUCAUUUCCCAUUGUUUAGUUCUCGUGAGCAGAAUCCCUACCACUGGUUCAUAAUAAUCUCAAAAGAAUAGGUAACUUUCAGCCUUUUCCUUAUCACCAAGAACCUCUCUGCUCUGGGAGUUCACAAAGCCCUUGCAAACAUCUUCUCCGGAAGCAGGAACAUUGUGACUCUCUAACUGUAGUCUCUCCACUGGAACCCUAUGUCUGACCCUGUGGUCAGGUUCAGAGCCAGGAGAGGGAGUAGCAUACUCAAAAAAUAAUAACAAACUAGAAGCAAAAGAACAGCAGCUUUAAUUUCAAGUGCAUGUACCAAACCGUGUGUGACGACAUAGCCCACUUGCUGGUAUCACCAGGAAGUUUUGCAUCAUUUCCAUGGAUCACUUAGAACCACAGCCUGUCCAAUUUCAACGUACCUUUUAUUCUUCUGUAUUCUCUUUCCUAUUAUUCGUUGUGUGUGUUUGUGUGUAACGAAGAAUGUUUGCAAAAUGCUGGACACGUUUUUAUCCUUCAUUCCCACGGUCUGUAAAAAAGGAAAGUGUAAAACUAAUCUGUAAUGUCAGACAAUAAAGACAAUGUAUUACACUAUUUUGUAUUUUGUGAAAAACAUUGCUUUACUAAAGUCAAAUUUUAAUGAGAGACAGUCCCCCUGGGUGAAGGACGCACAUUUAUAGCCUGUCUGAUUGCCCAUAAAGGCGUACACGGGGUACUGCUGCUGUACUUCCAGCACACUUAGAUCAUGGUAGAGAAAAAUGCCUUGCUGUGCUGCUUCUCUUUGCAAACAGCCUCUUUUCUUUCCUGUCUCUUACUUAGCAUGUGCAUAGAAAAGGGGGGCGGGGGAGACUCAAAUAUAACCUUCCACCUAGUGGAGAGAGAAAGGGUAAUCAUCCUAUAGUCCAUCAGCCUUGCUGAGCUGUCUCCCCCAGGGGCCCCUUUCCCGCCAUUCCCCAGGCCACGCAUUCUUGAAAGGCUGUGGACCAGGAAGUUCAUAAACCCAUGGCUGUACUCAUAGAGCAUUACCGCCUCCCUUCCUUCCGGCUCCUCCCACGGCGCCCUCAACUACAGCUGCGUCUCUGAAAGUCAGCCCUCAGCUGGGUCCCGCUGCCUCGGUUCUAAAGGGCCAUCCCUGGGACCACUCAGGCAUCAGCAAUGCAAUGUUUGGGUGGGGAGAGAGUUCGCUUGUCUUACCCAUUUAUUGAUUUGCUUGUACAGUCAGACCUCUUUUCAAAAAGGAUCCAAGGCAGCUUACAACAAAAGACAUCGACAAUAUCUUCAUAAAAUAAAUAUAGAAAGAUCAGAAACUAAAGAAGGGAAAAUGCAGAUAUGCUAAUCAUAAGAGACAAGGGUGUUCCUCUGAGCUUUUUAGCAAUGAGGCAAAAAAAAAAAAGAAAGAAAGAAAGAAAGAAAGGAAAACAUAAUUGG